GUUCCGCGGUUUCUGCCCCUGGCUCCAUUUUUGAAUCCCCUGUAGCUUUUGUGAGGUGUGUGACAGCUGGUUUCCGUCGUUGUCACCUAUUCUGUCGGCAGGCCCCUCCGAGAGGACCUCUGCGUGCAUCCGGAGCAGGACAUGGAUCCAGUAAAUAUUGAGGAUGUGGAAGUAAACUUCACCUCAGAAGAGUGGGCUGUGUUGGAUUCUAGUCAAAAGAAGCUCUACAGAGAUGUGAUGAAGGAAACAUUUUUGAACCUGAUCUCCAUAGAAAAAGCACUAGAAGAACAUAUUGAAGAGGACUCUAAAGAUCUCAACAGGAAUAUGGGAAUUCAGAGGAUUGAGAAAGACCAUGGAUAUGAAUGUCAUACUGAGUGUGAUAAAAACCAGCAAACUAUUCCUGUGAUUAUAAUCAAUAAAGACACACCUUCCAGAGUAAGAGCUCAUGAGACUCCAUUACAUGAGCCAGUAAAAUUUGAGGAUGUGGCAGUGAACUUCACCUCAGAAGAGUGGGCUGUGUUGGAUUCUAGUCAAAAGAAGCUCUACAGAAAUGUGAUGAAGGAAACAUUUUUGAACCUGAUCUCCAUAGAAGAAGCACUAGAAGAAAAUAUUGAAGAGGACUAUAAAAAUCUCAGCAGGAAUAUGGGAAUUCAGAGGAUUGAGAAAGACCAUGGAAAUGAAUGUCAUAAUGAGUGUGAUAAAAACCAGCAAGCUAGUCCAGAGAGUAUGAUCAUAAAAGAUAUGUGUUCCAGAGUACUUGAAACUUCUUCUGAAGAGAAACCCAGGAAAAAACAAAGUAAAGAAGCCUAUAGGAGUCUGUGUUUAGAUCAGUCUCAGGAGAGAGGUUCAGAUAAACUCAAUGAGGAUGUCUUCAUGAGAUACACACAUGGACAGAAUGAAGAACAAAACCAUAAAGAAGUGAAACAAUUUGUAUGUAGUUUCUGUGAAGAAUCCUUCAUUGAUUCCAGUGAGCUUACCAACCAAGAAAAAAGUCAUAGUGAAGAGAAAAGGUACAUUUGUGGGCAAUGUGGCAAAACAUUUAAAUAUAAAACAUGUUUUGAGAAACAAAAAGUAACUCACAAAGGAGAGAAGCCAUAUACUUCUAUGCAUUAUGGAAAAGCCUUUACCCAAUUCAAUCAUCAUCACAGUCUGGAAAGCAGUUACAUUGGGCAAAAGCCUUAUGCCUGCAAGCAUUGUGGAAAAAGCUUCACCAGUUCUUCUUAUCGAAACAUUCAUGAAAGAAUUCACACUGGAGAGAAACCUUAUGCAUGUAAGCUUUGUGGAAAAGCCUUCAACAACCGCAGUAGUCAUAACACACAUGAGCGGAGCCACACUGCAGAGAAACCUUAUGCAUGUAAGCAUUGUGGAAAAAACUUUACCCGUUCUUUUUAUCGAAACAUUCAUGAAAGAAUUCAUACUGGAGAAAAACCUUAUGCAUGUAAGCAUUGUGGAAAAGCCUUCAACAAUCCCAAUUGUCGUAACAAACAUGAAAGUAGGCACACUGCAGAGAAACCUUAUGCAUGUAAGCAUUGUGGAAAAAACUUUACCAGUUCUUCUUAUAGAAACAUUCAUGAAAGAAUUCAUAAUGGAGAGAAACCUUAUGCAUGUAAGAAUUGUGGAAAAGCCUUCACACUUCCCGUGCUUGUAGUAUUCAUGAAAGAAUGCACACAGCAGAGAGAAAUUAUACAUGUAAGCAUUGUGGAAAAAACUUCACCCGUUCUUCUUAUCGAAACCUUCAUGAAAGAGUUCACACUGGAGAGAAAACUUAUGCUUGUAAGCUUUGUGGAAAAGAAUUCAACCACCCCAGUAGUUGUAGCAGACAUGAGAGGAACCACACUGCCGAAAAACCUUAUGCAUGUAAGCAUUGUGGAACAAAGUUCACCAGUUCUUUUUAUCGAAACAUUCAUGAAAGAAUUCACACUGGAGAGAAACCUUAUGCAUGUAAGCAUUGUGGAAAAGCCUUCAACAAUCCCAAUAGUCGUAACAAACAUGAAAGUGGGCACACUGCAGAGAAACCUUAUGCAUGAGCAUUUUGGAAAAGCCUUCAACAAAUCGAGUAGGUGUAACAAACAUUAAAGGAGCCACACUACAAAGGAACUGAAGACUUAUAAAUGCAAACAUUGUGGAAAAACUGUUUCUGGUGUAGGCAUCUGAACAUUUGUAGUGAGGAGCUCUGGGCAGGCCUGCUUUUCGUCCUGCCCGGCUCUCAGCCACCGGCUAGCUUAUACCCCGAAAUAAUUACUCGGAAACUGUAUUCUUUUAAAUACUGCCUGACCC